UGAGGCUUUCAUUCCUCACCAUUCAUCAAAGAUAAUACAAAAGCACCAAACUAUAUUGCAACCCUUUAUUCCUCCUUUUGUUAUUACAUCAACACCAAGUUUAGGAGUCUCCAACAGUUGUAAUAAUUUGAGGAAUAUGGCACUCAGAAUGUGGGCUUCUUCUACAGCCAAUGCCCUCAAACUCUCUACUGCUGCUUCAAAAUCUCCUGCUUUUUCACUCUCCAGAUGCUUCUCUACUGUGUUGGAGGGGUUCAAGUAUGCUAAUUCACAUGAAUGGGUGAAGCAUGAUGGCCCUGUAGCCACCGUUGGAAUCACUCACCAUGCCCAGGACCAUCUAGGAGAAGUGGUGUUUGUGGAGCUGCCGGAGGCAGGGAAACCGGUGACGCAAGGCGAUUCUUUUGGAUCGGUCGAGAGUGUAAAGGCGACGAGCGAUGUGAACUCUCCCAUCUCCGGUGAGAUUGUGGAGAUCAACGCGAAGCUCAAAGAAACUCCUGGAUUGAUCAACACAAGCCCAUAUGAAGAUGGAUGGAUGAUAAAGGUGAAGCCCUCCAAUCCUUCUGAAUUGGAAUCCUUGAUGGGACCCAAAGAGUACACUAAGUUCUGUGAAGAAGAAGAUGCUGCUCACUAAUUGUGCUUCACCCUCAUUUUUUUUUUUUUUUUCCUUUUUGCCCCUUUUGUCAAAACUCAAGUUCAAUUUUUAUGCACUACUUAAAUUUGUGUUUAAUUUAAUUCAAAA